AUGGACCCCACACUGAGUGACAGUGUGGAGGAUUUGCAGGUGACUCCGAAUCGAGUCAUAACUUCUAUCCUGAACUUUACCGCUUCACAUGUCCACCAUGGAGAGAAGAUCUCCUGCACUGCGCUGUACAAACGACAAGCUGACUCUCCCAAGAACACCUCGGUGUCAGUCAGUCCCUCUGGUUCAGUGGUAGAGGGCAGCUCUGUGACUCUGACUUGCAGCAGCAAUGCUAACCCAGAAGUGUGGCGCUACAACUGGUACAGAGUUAUUGGAGAGCAGGUUUCAACAGUGAGGGCUAGCAGAAUGCUAACUGUCCAGGUACCAGCAGAUGACAGUUAUUUCUACUGUGAAGCCAUCAAUGACCAUGGAACCAAGAACUCACCUGUCAUUCAACUAAUUGGAAUGUACCCUCCCAAGAACACCUCAGUGUCAGUCAGUCCCUCUGGUUCAGUGGUAGAGGGCAGCUCUGUGACCCUGACCUGCAACAGCAAUGCCAACCCUGCAGUGAAGAACUACACCUGGUACAAAAUCAAUGGGACUGAGGCGGUCCUUUUAGGAUCUGGAGAGAGCUUCACCUUAGACAGUAAAGCAAGUGAUAGCGGGAGUACUGCUGUGAAGCACUGCAUGCACUCGGUAAAGAAAAGCCACAGUUGUUCAGCUGGAUAUUCAAU